UUUUGCUUUGUGUUUUUGGCAUAUCGUUAUAAACAAAACAACAUGGCGAAUAUACAGGAAAAAAUUGAUACAAUCAAUGAAGAAUUAGAAAAAUUACGAUUACCACAUAAAUUAAAACAAUAUCGUUAUUAUGCAGAAUGUUUAGAACAAUUGAAAAUAUUGAUAUCAUCAUCGACAACAACAACAGAAUCACAAAAAUCAAUAAUGAUUGAACAAAUUGAUCAACUUUUUACAAAACUUGACAAAACAGUUAUAUGUGGUGUUGAUCAAUGUUUUGUUUGUGGUACAAGUAAUCAAAGAAUAAAUUCUUCGAAAUUUUCAUCAAAACAAAAACAUCAACAAAUUGAUAAACAAAAACAAUCAAAUCAACGACAACAACAACAAACUAAUGAUCAUAAUAAUAAUGAAAUUCAUCAAAAUCAUCAACAGAAUGGGCAUAAGCAUGAUCAUCAUUCGAAUGAUGAUGAUGAUAAUGAUCAAUCGAAUCAAAGUGAUCGAUUAUUACAAACAAUGCGUGAAAAACUUCGAAAUACAUCAUCAUCAUCAUCGCCAAUUCCGAAAAUUGUUGAAACAAAAAUGAUUGAAAAUGAAUUGAAAAAAACGGAAAAACAUACCGAACAAGAAUCCAAUGAAAUCGUUAAUAAUAAAGAUGAUAAUGUUGUUGUUGAUGAUAAAGUUGUAAAGAAUGUUGUAAAGAAUGUUGUAAAGAAUGUUGUAAAACAAUGUGAUGAUUAUAUCAAUAAUGAAACGGUGAUAAAUACAAAACAUGAUGAACAAAUCGAUAAUCAUAAUGACGAUGGCCAAAAAUCAAUAAUCAAUGAUGCUAAACAGAAUUAUCAUAAUGAUAAUGAUAAAACAAAAACAAUAGCCAUUGUUAUUGAUAAUAAAGAUUUAUCGCCAUCUAAUGAUCAAAAUGGAAAGCAAAAUUCAAAUAUUUUAUCAUCGCUAUCAUCAACAAUAUUGAUGACACCAAGACCAUUUCAUAAACAACCAAUAUCGUCAUCAAUUACUGGAUCAUGUGGAAAUAGUAUCAUCCAUAAUAAUAAUGAUAAUCAUCAUCAUUCAAUCAUUUCGGGUCGUUCACCACCAAUUAUAAGUAGCUAUAAAGCAUAUAAAGAUUUUAUUAAUAAUUAUACAACAGCUACGGCUUCAACGACUGCUGCUGCUAAUCAAAUGGUACGGCCACCGGUUUCAAUGUUCGGUAUUGAUGGUCGUUAUGCUACCGCUUUGUAUUCAGCUGCAUCGAAAAAAGGAAAAUUACAACAAGUUGAUCAAAAUCUAAAAAUGUUGUUACAACUUAAUGAAAAAGAUGUUAGAUUUCGUGAAUUUCUUAUGAAUCCAUUGAUUAAACCGGCUCAAAAAAGGGAAAUCCUAAGCAAAUCACUUCAAGCUACAUUGAAUCUAGAUGAAUUGACCAUUAAUUUGUUGACAGUGUUGGCCGAAAAUAGUCGUAUGAAAUUUUUACCAUUAGUAGCACGUGCAUUCAACAAAACAAUGGCCUUUUCACGUGGUGAAGUUAAUGUUACAAUUACGGCCGCAUCACCAUUCGAUGCUGAAUCGAAAAAAGCAUUGGAUGAAAUUUUACAAAAUUUUGCUCCAGGUAAAAAAUUAAUUGUCAGUGUAAAGAUUGAUAAAAGCAUUCUUGGUGGUUUGAUUGUCGAUUUUGAUGGUGAACAUUAUGUCGAUAUGUCAAUUAAACGUAAAUUUAAUCAAUAUUCGAAUAUAUUGAAAAUGCCAUUGUAAUUGAUUAUAGAAAAAUUAAUGAAAUUUAGUUUUUUUUUGUGUUUCAACAACAACAACAAAGUAAUAAUAAUAA